AUGACAUGUUUAUUUUUAAUAUCUUCAGAAUGUGUGAUCAACGGCCAGCGUGUUGGCGAGGGUCGCGAUGUGCGCGUGCCGGAGGAGCCGUGCCUGUCGUGUCGUUGCGUGCACGGCGCGUUGUCGUGCGCCAAGCGCGCCUGCCCCGUGUUGCCCUGCGCGCCCGCACAUCAGCACACGCCGCCCGGUGAAUGCUGCCCGCGCUGCACACAUCCUAUGUCCGACAAAUUUCUGCCUGGUUUAGGUAAUUCGUUACCGAAGCCCUGUAUAAUCGGGAAGGAGUACCACGCACACCUCAGCCGGUUUCCAGUGGAUCCAUGCACGGACUGCACGUGCAUGAAUGGUACGACGGUGUGCACACGGCACACAUGCCCGGUGCUGACUUGCGGGGCACGCGCGUUACCCCCAGCCCCGGGAAAAUGCUGUUCUGAAUGUCCACACGUCGAAGAGGCUAAAGCUGCCUGUGUCGUAAGCGGUGUUACCUAUCAGGAUGGAGAAAUUUGGCAAUUGGACGCGUGUAAAUCAUGCGAAUGUCAUGGUGGUGAGCCGAGAUGUGCCAUGGAGACCUGUCCGCCGCUGUCAUGUCCAUCCGACCAGAACCUACGACAGCUUCCCGGCCAGUGCUGUCCCAAGUGUGUGGAUAUCGAUGGUAUUUGCACGGUCUUUGGCGAUCCUCACUACAAAACUUUUGAUGGAAAAUUUUAUAGUUUCCAAGGAUCAUGCAAAUAUCAGUUAGUAUCGGACUGCGCGAAUCACACCUUCUCGAUCAGAAUAUCGAACGACGCAAGAAAUACUUCACAUUCCUCAUGGACCCGUACGGCGACGUUGCGUAUUGGGACCACAAAAAUAAAUAUGGGACGCAAAAUGCGCGUUAAAGUGAACGGUCAAAGAGUGACACUGCCGCAUAAAAUUAAAAAAGUAGCAGAUAUUAUGCGAAGCAACGGUUCCGUUCUUUUAAAAUCUGACAUCGGGGUGCAGCUUCUCUGGGACGGAGAUGGAUUUUUAGAGGUGACCGUAUCCAGUGCGUAUAAAAAUAAAUUGUGCGGGUUGUGCGGGAAUUUCAAUUCGAUGGCGAGAGACGAUAUGAGGACGAGGGACGGAAGACAGUUGAAUGAUCCGUGGCGUUUCGGUUCGUCCUGGCGCGUGGGCGGGCGUCGCUCGUGCUCGCGUCCUUCGGAGCGACCGAAUAUG